UAUGGUAAAUGUUUCGCACAAAGAAAACCUGAAAAAAAAUCCUUUCAUGCUUCUUAUUUGAACCGAAUCUGCUUACUGGUCAAAAAUCCCCUUCAGGUAUUAGCCUAUAGGCCAUUACAAUCAAUGUAAAAACAGAACUACCACAUUUUUCUUCGUACGAGACGAAAGAGUGUUUAAUCGGUGAGAAGGAACGUUUUAUAGGUUACCCUAGGGAAGUGUACUUACGGGGCACUCUACAAGGUAAACAAUUUAUUUACUGCGACAUUCAACAUCGAUGUAUUAAUGUGUAUGCUAAAGGAAUUUUCCUAACUACUCUUCAUUUUUCCCCUGACUCCUUCCAAACUGCUUUGGCAUUACAUCUUGAAAUUGUGACAUGAAUGUAUAUCUACAGUCUACACGAUGCGUAUAUGAUUUAAGGAAACGAACCAUUUUUAUAGGAUGGUACUCAUGGUACCUGAGGCACAACGAUUUAUUUAUCCAUAAACUUCGUGUGGCACGCUGAUUCACAUAAAGAAGACCAUAUAGUAGAUUCACUAACCUGUAUGUCAACAAAUGAAAUUAAACUAAUUUGAAAAAUGUAAAAAAAAAAAAAAAAAACAUCCAUGCAAGGGACUUUUAUUUCUGUGCUUUGAUUGAAUCUAUAUAAUCAUUUUACGAUCUCAUCUUUCCUAGCUGCAAAAUCUAAUAAUUGAAAACUUUCGAAUAAUUUCCAUUUUCUUGUAUUUCGUCAUCACUUUCUCCUCCCAUUUGUCUUUUUUUCUUUUUUCCAAACUAAUGGGAUUCCUUUUUUUCAUUUCUUAUAUACCUUUUUUCCUGGACUUUUCUUUCCAGAAAACAAUGGCAGAUAACGACUAUGUGUUACCCACAGAUUCCAUUCCUGACUUACUUUGGGAUUCCGUUCCUUCCUUUUUUCCACUUGGUAUCGCUGUGGUUCUUGGAGCUUUGGUCUUGUCAAACAACCGUGUGCAGGAUGCGAGGCUAUCAAAUCUGCAAGACCAAUUGUUGGAAUGUGAACAAAAAGCAAACACACCGGAACAAAGGACUGUAAUAAUGUGCGGGGCCGAUGAUGGAGAAAUCCGGUGUGAAAACUCCAAAACUCUAACCAUUGUGUCUGCCAACUAUGGACGAACUGAGCCUACAGCCCAAGUUUGUCCGUCUACUUCAGCUACGAUGGACGAUACCAACUGUAGAUUAGAUGUUCUCAACAAGCUGUCUCAAGAAUGUAAUGGUAAAACACGGUGUGCUGUUCCAACUAGAUUGAAUGACUUCGGAGGUUCCAGUGUCAACCCUUGUCCUAACACCUAUAAAUAUACAGAAGUUCAAUAUACUUGUUCGUAAUAUAUGCUUUGUUUUCACUUGUUUUUGUUUUCCAUUUUCGCUCGUCAAGGGUCUUCGGUCCAAGCCACAUCCUAAAAACCUUUGGCUAGAUAAAAUGUUUUAUGUAUUGGAAAAUG